UCUCCAACGUGAGGAAGUCACUAAUUUCUUCUAUUUUCUUUCGCAGGAAGAGCUUAAUGGCCAUGGAGAACCAUUUCGGCGUUGGGCUCUUCAUCUCCAGAAGAUAUUACAAUCCAUUUUUCCACCCUUCUCUUCCUCCGGAAAGAUCCCCUUUCCGUCUAAAUCGUUAUGUUCCCAGUAAAUCUAUUUACGUCCGCACUCUACCUUCUUCUCUAUCAGGAAAAGAGGUUGCUGGUGAAGAUAUAAUACAAUUAUUUCUGAAGGAGAGACAAACGAAUGGUGAUCUUGUGUCGAAGAUUUAUGACAAUUUAUGGAGAAAAGACGAGUUAAGAUUUGUUGAUGGGAAAAUUAAUGUUGGAGAGGAGCAGAUGCACCAAAUUGACAUGUUGGAAUUAGAAGGUUCUGAAUUGGAAGGAAAUGGUGGAUUUCUAAAACUAACCAAAACCAUGGAGUGGAUCUCCAGUGAGAACAUUGCUCCAAUCAACAAGAAAUUGGCGACAAAGAAGUGGAAGGAUGAUGGUGAAAAGAGGAAGAAAGUAAACAUUCUCAAAUAUGAAGCUCUUAAGGGCGAGUUGUUGCUUUUAACCAUAGGAAUUGGAGCUGCUUGUGGGGUAUAUUGUUUAAUAAACUUAUCCACAGAGGCCGCUAUCAGCUAUUCUGCUGGUGUUCUCUUGAGUUGCUUGUAUCUUCAGCUUCUGUAUCAUCACAUUGAUAUGCUGUCUAAAGAAUCUAUUCCAGGAAUAUUUAUUCAGAAGAGAGUAAAGAAAAUUGGGAUAAGAAGUGAGGAUCUGAAGAAUUUGUUGGAGAAAACAUUAAAUGGUUCCAGCAUGGCUCUUUCAUCCCCAAGGCUUGUAAUACCUACAGCUAUUUACGGAUUAUGGGUUAUUUCUCAUCAAUACCUCAAUAACUUUGAUUUCCAGCUCGUUCCAGCAAUGCUUGGCUUCUUUGCUUAUAAAGCUGCUGCUUUGGUUCAAGUUUACCGGGACAAUGAAGACCUCAGAAUGAUAUUCCCAGACAAUGAGGAGAACUCCAAAGAGCAGUAGAGGGGCUGAAAUUGAUCUGCGGAGCUGCUGCUUUGGUUCUGGUAGAGGGACACAAUGUAGCAAUGUAUCCAACUCCUGCCAACAGCACAAAACGAGGAGCAUCCACCUUAUAGAUUAAAGGUGUAAUACAGAAUGGAACUGAAUAAAACUAUACUGACUUCAGAUCUUGGACAGGAAAUCAACAAAGUUAUGAUUAUGAACAUGGAAUAGUUCAACAGCAGUAGCUAAAUAUUUUUUCAUUUAUGUUUCUCAAAAUAGUGAAAUAUUCUUGUUCCGGAAACAUUUUGUCAUUACUGGGGUUGGAUAAAGGAGCAAAUAUUUUAUGUAGAAUGACUAUUUGACUGGGUUUCUAGGAGCUGUAUUCUAAUUUCUUUCUCUAAGAAAAGAAAAAGUGUGAUGCUCCUUGCGUCCACAAAGGCAGCAUGUUUCAUUUGCAUUGGACCACACACUUCAGUUUGCAGUCAAGGACUAAUCUGGACCGGUCUUGCCGGUCCUGCAAAUAUACCGAAGGCGGAAUAGAGGUUCCGCCCCCGUGGUCGCCGUGCCCCCCUCUACAGCCGUUUCAAACUAAUAUUUUAAUAUAUUUUGAGAGGGGAAUUUCAAAGGGAGGGAUGUUUUAGGAUUUCCUUUGAAUUGUAUGUUUUAAGGGGGAAUUUUUGGGAGGGUUAAGGCAUUGUUUGUUUUGCUGAAAUUAGAGUUAUCUCAUGUUGUUUGGGUCACCGGCUAGAGAUUUGGGAGAGCCGGAUCCUCCUCUCCAAUUGAGAAUCCUAUUGUCUUGUUUUUAUUUUCUUUCAAUAAAAGUUGUUUUGUG